AUGGAUUUCGCUCAGUUUCUUCUGUUCUUUUGCAGUUUCACGACAUUCAUAUCUCUCUCUUCUUCACUGAACUCUGAUGGGAUUUCUUUGUUAGCACUUAAGGCUGCCGUCUCCGCCGAUCCAACUAACUCACUCGCCAACUGGAUCGAGUUAGAGUCAACUCCGUGCCACUGGGCUGGUAUUUCCUGCAACUCCGACCAACUCGUCACCAGCAUCUUUCUUCCAAACAAGAGCCUCACCGGCUACAUCCCAUCGGAGCUCGGAGCCAUUCUAUCUCUCCGUCACCUCUCUCUUUCCGGAAACAACUUCUCCAAACCCAUCCCCGAUCACCUCUUCAAUGCCGCCGGUCUACUCUCUGUCGACCUCUCCCACAACUCUCUCACCGGACCCAUUCCGGAGAAUGUGAACACUUUGGCAUCUCUCACUUUGUUGGAUCUUUCUUUCAAUUUAUUAAAUGGGUCACUACCGGAAUCUCUAGGCAACUUGACCCAUUUCUCUGGAACGCUUAAUUUGUCGCAUAAUCGUUUUACCGGCGAAAUUCCGGCGUCUUAUGGGCAGUUUCAGGCGAUUGUUAGUUUAGACCUCGGGUAUAAUAAUCUCACCGGAAAGAUACCAGAAGUACGUUGUCUGCUUAACCAGGGACCUAACGCGUUUACUGGAAACCCGUUUUUAUGUGGAUUUCCCUUACAAACGCAAUGCACUUACCCGGAAGCUCAGAACCCUCGGGUUCUGCCUAACCCAGAUAGCAAAGAUCCUGGAUCCUUGACUGGGUUAUCGAGUAAACAGAAAGGGGAUUCGAAGAGGGUUACGGUACCUUUGAUCUCAGGCGUAUUGGUGGUUAUCAGUGUUAUAUCUGUUUCUGUGUGGGUCUACCGGAAAAAAUGGAGGUUCAGUGAUGGUAAAAUCAGAGAAAAAGAAAACUUGGAGAAGGGGCAGGUGAGAGUGAGUCUGGGUACGAGGGAAGAAGUGCAAGAUGGUAAAUUUGUUGUGAUGGAUGAAGGGCUUGGUUUGGAAUUAGAGGAUCUUUUGAGGGCAUCAGCUUAUGUUGUUGGGAAGAGCAGUAACGGGAUAGUGUACAAAGUGGUUGCUGGGCGGGGCUCCGGCACGGCAGAGGGUGCGGUGCUUGCCGUGAGGCGGUUGAGUGAAGGCGAGGGGAAGUGGAAGCUGAAGGAGUUUGAGAGAGAGGUGGAGACGAUAGGGAAGGUACAACAUUCGAACAUAGUGAGGUUGAGAGCUUAUUACUACACAAAUGAUGAGAAACUGCUGGUUUCAGAUUUUAUCAGCAAUGGAAGCUUGUACUCUGCGCUCCAUGAUAAAGACGGCAUUGCAAACCCUUUGGUGCCAUUGUCGUGGGCAGCAAGGUUAAAGAUCGCACAAGGCAUCGCAAGGGGUCUAGCCCAUAUUCAUGAGUGUAGCCCGCGAAAGUAUGUUCACGGUGGUCUAAGGUCGUCCAAGAUCCUUCUCAAUGGUGAUUUGGAGCCCUUCAUCUCUGGAUUCGGGAUCAACCGUCUCAUGCCAGUCACCCGCUCGAAGAGUCAUUCCCGAAAGCACCACGUGGCUCAAAAUGCUAAGUUUUCAGGCCAAAAAUGUGAUGUGUACUCGUUUGGGAUCGUGCUUUUGGAGAUUUUAACGGGACGGACUCCAGACAGCGGGGAUGGAAAUGACGGAAAGGAUUUGGAAUGCGUUGUGAGGAAGGCGUUUCAGGAGAGAAUGAUGUUAUCGGAGAUUAUUGAUCCUAGCCUUUUGAAGGAAGUUCAGGCAAAGAAACUAGUCGUGGCAACGUUUCAUAUCGCACUCAGUUGCACCCAACUUGACCCUGAUGCUCGACCCAAGAUGAGAAUGGUCUCGGAUAGCCUUCACCGAAUCAAGCUUCCUUGAAUUU